CUCCGUCCUACCAUUUUAUUCAUCACCAAAUACUUGCUUAGUUAGAAAGUUAGCUAAUAUGGCUUCAAAACUAUCCCAAUCCCUUGCUCUCUUCCUAGUCCUUAACCUUGUCUUCUUCUCACUCGUUUCCGCUUGUGGCGAAUGCGGAAGCCCGAAGCCCAAAACCAAGCCAAAGCCCACCCCUUCAACUGGAGGGACAUGCACACUUGAUACCCUUAAGUUAGGGGUAUGUGCAAAUGUGCUUAAUGGUUUGGUAGACCUUACAAUUGGUAGCCCUCCAAAGGAGCCCUGCUGCCCUCUAGUCCAAGGGCUUAUUGACGCAGAAGCCGCUGUGUGUCUAUGCACGGCCAUUAAGGCAGAUAUCUUAGGCAUUCACUUGAAUAUUCCUGUUUCUCUUAGCUUGCUUGUUAAUUACUGUGGAUGCAAACUUCCUAAUGGUUUCCAGUGUCCUUAAGUUAUCAAACAAACCAUAUUAUGUUUUUUAUUUCCUUGAUUGAUUCAGUUUAUUUGUGCAUGGGAUAUUAAUUGAGGUUAGAAAAUAAAUCAAGUGUGUAUGGUUUUUUGUUUGUAUGAUUGUAUCAUGAUUCUUUUUGAUUCAAAAAAUAUGUUUGAUUUAUUGAUUAUGGGAAUGGAAAUUUAUUUGUUUUGUAUCUA